AUGGCUCUCAUCACCAUCAAGACGUUAUCAACCGUCAUUGGGUGGACCUACAUGCUCUGCUGGACGGCAUCGUUCUACCCCCAGUUCUUCCUCAACAUCCGCCGCAGAACAACGACGGGGUUUUCCAUCGACUUUGCCUUCCUCAACAUUCUGGGAAUGGCCUCUUAUGCCGUCCACAAUCUAGUCCUGUUCCUCUCCCCCGUGGUGAGGGCGCAGUACGCGCAUCGCUAUCCGCGUAAUCCCAUCCCGACAGUGCAGCCCAACGAUAUCGCCUACGCCGUCCACGGCGCACUCAUCGCGGUCCUCAUUUACUCUCAGUUCUACCCAAGGCUGUGGCGCUUUGCCCCUAUCAAGAACAUAAGGUGCAGCCGGUGGUCCCUUGGGUUCUUCUGGGGCUGCGUCGGUGCCGUCAUGCUCGGCGCACUGGUUGUCGGUCUCCAGCCAACUUCUUUCAGGUGGGAAUGGCUAGACGUGGUCUACCUCAUGGGAAACGUCAAGGCCUUCCUCACCUUCGUCAAAUACGCGCCGCAGAUAUGGCUCAACAUCCGGCGCAAGUCUACACGAGGACUCAGCAUCACACAGUUCUCUUUGGACCUGACUGGAGCGGUCCUGUCACUCGUGCAACUCUUUAUAGACUCGAUCCAGGGUGGUGACUGGUCCGCGGUCCUUGCUAACCCUGCCAAGUUUGCGCUGGGCAAUGUCACCGUCUUUUUCGACCUGGUGGCCUUCUUCCAGCAUUACUACCUCUACCGCGGUGCUGUAGAUGACGCAUUGCCUGAUGAUAAGAUAGAUGGCGAGACGGAGCCGCUCUUACCCGGUCAUGGCCCGUAG